CUCUCCACCGGUCUGUGGUUACCUGCCUGACCCUCCUACCUGUUCUGCUCGGCGGCUCCGGCAGUGGAGGAGAUCCCAUUCUGUUAGCUCGUUUUGGACAGGAAGAAAAAAAAAAUCCAUUGCCACUAUACAAAAACCAUCGUGGAUGACGUAGGGUUCGAACGGGUCGGUGGCCAUGGAGACUGCCGUGUACGCUUUUGUAACGGCACUGUCGCUCUGUCUGUGUCUACUGCUAGGUACAGGGUCGGCAAUCAAAUGUUGGGAAUGCAAUUCCCGAGCAGACCCACGUUGCGAGGAUCCCUUCGACAACACUACUUUGCCCAUUUCUGAAUGUAAGGCAAGGAGCUUGAUCCAUUACCCCGGCCUGGAGGCGACCAUGUGCAGAAAGAUACGACAGAAAGUGUACGGCAGUUGGAGGUUCAUCCGAAGCUGUGCCUUCUUGGGAGUUCCAGGAGAGGGCACCUACGACGAGAACUACUGCCUCAUGCGAACAGGAACGUACGAUGUGUUCGUCGAGACCUGUACGUGCAACAGCAAGGACGGUUGCAAUCCUGCGCCCAGGACACGAGCCACCGCCUGGCUUCUCUUGUCCUUGGGUGCGGUCGUCCCGGGGAUUUUUUUGCUCAACAGAUGAAGGUACAUCACGCAUAUAGUGUGAACGAACUUUUAUCAACUGCCGUGCCCCCAUCGAGAUCGCCGUCCACAGACUUUUUCAUUGUUUCUCCGUCACACCCUUUCCACAUCAUGCUGAGAACAGUGCAUACAGACUACGUGCUCUCUCUCGUUUUCGCUCUUGCCCGUCGUUUUAGGCUUACAGGUGCCUUCAAUAUCAGAGAGAAACGGUCUCUGGAAGGUUGUGACAAAGGUUUUACAAAGGAGCACAUUACUAAAGGAGUCACACGUC